AUGAAUCUUUUACCAGCCUAUAUCGAUAAAAUCGAAGGAUUUUUCAUGUCAGAACAAGACACACCUGGUCAAGUGUGUGCUUUCGUUUCUUUUUUUCCAUCAUUUGAAUCAUUUAAACAAGUUCGAGCACUUUAUCUUCACUUUAAUGGUAAAGCUAUCGAUUGGCAGAUUGUUGAAAGAGCUCUUGAAUCUUUAUCAGAAACAACAUUUAACACUUUACCGAUUAAAGCAACGAAUACAGACAACAAAUCUUCACUAGGAAAUGCUAUUAUUGAUCUUUUUCACAUAAAAACACUCAGACAGUUUUCUCUUAUGAGCAAAAUUGAUUAUCUACAAUACAUUUUCAAAUGUGCUCCUCAUCUUAAAUAUCUUGAUAUUGACUUAAUUAAUGUAACAUUUUCUUAUCAUAAUGAAGCAGAAACGAAACAAAUAGGGAAUAUAAUACCAACAUCUACACUUCGUACACUGACCUCAUAUUUUCAACGAGACAGUUCAAUAACAAUGGAUAUGUUAACAGAAUAUUUCAAUUGUAUGCCUUAUUUAAAGCAUCUUGAAAUUAAAGCACAUAAUAAACUUCUUGAUGGAAAUGCAUGGAAGAUCUUGUUGGAAACAUAUUUACCAUUACUAACUCAUUUUACUCUUCGAAUGACUACAUUUCGUAUAGAAGAAGUUGAUCUUCACAAUGGGCUCACUUCAUUUCAAAGUUCUUAUUGGUUAUCGAAAAAGAACUUCAAUAUAAUAAUAACUAAACAUGAAUACUUAGAUAUUGAUGGCUUCAGUAUAGAUAAAAUGAAACACAAUAUUCAAUAUGAAUUUGAUUGGCCUGCUAUUCAAUGUUGA